GAAUGCCGCUCGUGGCAAAAUCGGAAAUCGAUCAAAGCGCAAAUGCAAUCUUAUUUCGAGUUUAAUUGAGCUAUACAUAUAUAAUUUAUUCAGAAUUAUUAGAUUUAAUAUUUAAGUCGUCGAUAAGUGUACUUUCGCGAGGCGGUAGAAUUUCGUUGGCAGAGUGACGUCACGUAUACGGCGGCCGUCGAAAUAUCGGAGGAGGGAACUUUUGAGAUUGAAAUCUCCUGAUUCGUAAGAAAUUCGAAAACAGUCAAAUCCGAAAUCAAAUGUGAAUCUUGAAUCUUGUAAUUCCUAUCGGUGCUUUCUUGAAUUGAAAUCUCAUUUAUCACCGUGAUUGAAAAUAACGUAAAAAAAAAGAAAUGAACACGAGUACCGGUCGCAACUGUUGCGAUAAUAACUAUUGUCUGUGACGAGAGUCGAAGAGAUUUGUCGGACGCGUAUGUACGCGUCGCGCAGUUCACACCAAUGACACUUAUCGAACGCAUACAUGCGUCCGUACCAUUCGAAAGUACUCAAAAGAUUGAGCAAGUCUCCGACUGACGUCGGUGUUUUCGAUGUCCACGACGAUGACGAAGAUGGUUUCAUGACGACGCAUUCCUUCACGUAAUUUGUGAGAUAAUAAUAAUCGCGAGAGAGUGUGAAGGACACGGUUGAUAAUCGAUCACGGUUAAUUGUCUCUCAUGCAUUAUAAUUUCGUAUAUGAUGAUCUCACUUAGAGUGACUCGCGUUAUUGAGGGUAUCACACAUAUACCGUCGCGGAAGCGGACUUCCUAUAUAUCUCUCGGGUAUAUUAAUAAAUCACGCCCGGUUCCCCUCUCAUCGGAAUUCCACUGAAUCUUUGCCUUUCUCUUUGUUAACGCUAACGUUCGCGUUAAUUAAUUCGAAUUGCGUCAGUCAAUUGUAUUUUACCUGUCUAAUGUGAUCCUGAUUCAAGAUUCUAUUGUGUGCUGUGUUACUAUUGUUCGGGGUCGGAUGAAUUUUCUUUCUAACCAAGUUAAAAGUCACUUGCUUAUACAAACUAAAACUGAUGAAAAGUUAAUAUACUAAAUUAACUUAUUAAGAUUAAAAUUUAAUUAAUUAUGCAAAGCGUAUAAAUUUGAUAGUGAUUCAAGUAAAAAAUUAUCUCCGAGUAUAUAAGUGAUCAUAUACAUAUUAAGUAUCGUAUUCGCUAUACUGGGUAGCGCGUUCGAAAUUACGGAGAUACGAACAAAAUUUUCGCGAAACGGCAGCAGCAUGAUAAGAAGCGCUCUCUAACGUGGCGUAUAUCUCGUUGUUGGUCACCAUUCGCGUUGAUUGUUUAGCACAUUCCUCGCUGAUUAUUCUUCGUUACGUCUUCAAUCUGUCACUUGAUAUCAGCAAGUCCGCGCGAGUUGUUGACGAUCACGUGGCUAGCCGAGGCGUUCUUCAAUCAAUCGUCCGCACGAUAUUUCGCAAGGAGGUGGUUCGAUGCUCGCGGCGGACAAACGAUGGCAGGAUGUCGAGUGUGGAGGAUAAUUUUAUCGAUCGUUGUAAUAUGGAGAGCGACCGCAUACGGCGCGGACACUGUGCUAAUUCCGCCGAACGAAGGACCCAAGGAGCCGUUCGAGCCGAACAAAUACAUCUACUCGUGGACAGGGCCGAACGCGUUGGCCAGAUCGGCCUUGGUGGAGCGACAGGAGAGGUUGCAGUAUAAUUGCGAACUGGAAAGUAAAGACGCCGAUAUCGGUGCUUUAACUCCGGAAUCGUUCAGAAAUAUUCUCGUGGACGACAUACACGAAUUGCUUUACUGCUACGUCCCGAAGGUGGCCUGCACGAAUUGGAAGCGCGUGCUGAUGAUCGCAAUGGGGAAAUUGGCCGCUAACGAUCCUUUAGACAUACCGGCCGACCUAGCUCAUUCUCCAGGCACCUUUCAGAGAUUGAGCAAUUACACGCUGCCCGAAAUAGAGAAGAAACUCGCGAUGUACGAUAAGUUGAUCGUCGUGCGGCACCCUUUGGAAAGGCUUUUGUCGGCUUAUCGAAACAAGCUGGAAGCCAAGCACGAAAAAAGCGCGAGAUACUUCCAGAGCCGUUUCGGCAAGAAAAUCAUCAAGAAAUACAGGCCGAACGCUACCGAGCAGUCGUUAAAAAAUGGCGACGACGUGACGUUUCACGAAUUCGUCGAUUUCAUCACCGACAAUUCCGAAAACGGCACGCGGAACGAGCACUGGAGGCCGAUAUACGAACUGUGCCAGCCCUGUGUAGUUAAUUACAAUCUCGUGAGUAAGUACGAGAGCCUGGUCGAGGAUGCCACGGAGGUCCUCGAGCGGAUUGGCGUCACGUCUGUGAGCUUUCCGGGUAGGCCGCCGAGCAGCGAGCCGACGUCGAGAAAAUUGGAAAGGUAUUACUCCACUCUUAGCUACAAGCAGCUUCGUAAGCUGGCGGAUCUGUACAAAUUAGACUUGAGGUUGUUCGACUACUCGCUGGAGGAUGUGCUGGGAUUCUCCUUGGCCUGAGUUGUCUAUUAAUAUUUUGCGGGACAAACGCAUGCGUACCAUGCUGGAUGGAGAUCAACGGGACGAAAACAACAAGCACGAGGCGAAACGAACGGCAAAGAGCUCGUGCUCGUUCCCCCGAAUUACGAUGAGAGUUAUUCUGCGCUUUCUUGGAGGAGAAAGAUCCAUGUUCGUCUCUCCGAUUGUGUCGAUCGCACGACCCUCUGGUAAUCUGCAAAUGUCUCGAGAUCGAUCGACUAAUGUUCCAACGAUCGAAGAGCGAAGUUUCCAGGAUUUCGAGCCCCGAGGAGGAUCUGUGAAUCUUGAGAUUUUUUUUCUCUCUUCUUAGGUACGGAAUUAUUAUUGCUCUUCGCAAAUAGAAUGUCCCGGAUACUCGGGAACGACAGACAAUGACAGAUGAUGAAAUGUAGAAGACGAUAGAUUAUUAACGACGAACUUUUGUUCUGUCCAAACGAAGUCUUAUGUGUACUACCUCGUAUCGUAUAAUAUCGUAUUGUAUCGAGAUCUUCUUUCAAUCCUUCGUGGUCUGAGGUGUCUCUGAGGUUUCUUCUCCAGCCGAUCUGUAAAAUUCCACCAACUUCGUGACAAAUAUCGUGUAGCUCGUAUUUACGUAAAUAUUUUAGUAUUUGUUUCGUUAUAAUCUCCUAUUGAUUUCAGUAUCUGAAUCACACAACAGUGUAUAUUUAAAGUGGUACAUUUAUAUCAUGUUAUAUUAAUGCAAUACACCGAGAAAAAAGUGAUAGAAUCAACAGAAUUUUGCUUAAACAGGCAACAUUUUUUCAAGUACAAUGUCUACUGAACAAAUUAUACAAAUUAUGCAAUUGCUGUAAUGAAUUAUUAAUUAAUUCAACGAUUGUGACUUGCUCAACUAUAUCAACGUAACAUAUUGUCGCGCCGAGGUGUAAUUUGUUCAGUGGACACAAUAAUUUUUUAAACGAAGGUGAUCGUCAAUUUGAUCGGUUCAACCGUUUUGUUUCAAUGUACAUUUCAAUACCAAAAAUUGGUUUACAGGAUCGGCUGGAGCGAAACGCAAUAUCGGCGUAGGUUGACCGUAAAGAGUUGAUCGACAAGACGAUUUUCACAUUACGGCCACGAUAAGAUCAUUAAAUUAGUUAAUUUUAUCAACAUGAAGAAGCAAUCAAAACUAACACGUAUGUAUAGCAAGAUGUACAAAUAUUUUUAUGGAGCGGCGCUGAGAAUACGCGAUCGAAAUACGAAAUGUUCGGCAACCCGCGGAGUACGAAUUGCGCGUGUCUAUAAUUUUUCAAUUGUCGUCCUUUUACACACAUACACACAUAAUGCCACACGUUGGAUUUGUCUCGAAUAAUCGUUGCGCACGCUCGUGCGACAUUUUUAAUCGUCGUGUUUCAAUUCACGCGGAUGCGUGCUCGUGGCAUAUAUGUCGGUACCGUUUAUUUUUAAAAUUACGGUGUUUUAUACAGCAGAGCUUCGUGCCAAGAACUUAAUGGUAUUAAAGCGAAUAAAAGAGCUUGUUUUGUUCGUGCCAAGAAAAAAGUCGCCGUCGGCCUCUGACGAGAGCCUAGUCUCGCGUUAAGUCGCGUAAAAUAUACGUCGCAACUUUUAUAUCGGCAAUUUCUUUUUCUUUUAUAUGUAUAUAUAAAAAGACGAAGCGCCGAAGUCAGGAUAUUCUCUAUUUAUACGCGUACUUCGGCACGGUGUCCUCGGUUAAUCAGUGACAAAAAUUUCGCCUCGCCAUUUACGUAACGCGAACCGGGGUGUCGUAUCGUGUGCCGAAGUUAUGCGCUCUUCGUGUGUUGCCAUACUUGCAUUUACAUGUAUAAUUAUGCGUAGACAUAGAUGGGUAUUAUGUGCGUAAAAAUAGCGUCUGUCUUGUAUUCUUCUAAGGGAAGUCCGUCGAAAUUCGAAGUGGUGGACAUGCAAUAUCUCAAAAAGAAAUAAAAAGAGAAAUGUACUGAAAUUGGAAAAAAUGGGAUAGUUUCCCGAAAAAUCAUUCUCUUCAUUAAAAUUCUUUUACUAUGGCGCAUAGUUAUAGUAUUAUAGUUAUAAAUAUCAAAUAUUUUUCUCUUAGUGAACGUUGAGACUUUCUGAUUACAAUUGUAUAUUUUCGGUAUUUCGGGGAAAAUUGUUUUUCGGGAGAUUUCGUCUUGGUAUUUCGAUUUUUCAGGGAAUCCCACGUAUCGAAUUUCGACAUUUUUCUUCCUCGGAGGCAUUGCGUGUCCGCACCGUCGAAGCUGCACAGUUACCAAGCGACCAAUCGCUCGUCACAACAAUGCGCGCGUCCACUGUGGAAAGAAUUGUCAAGGACGCGAUGCGUCUUGCAUUUAUUCAGCAAUAAAUUGUAACGAUGAUAUCGUGAA